AUGUCCAUUGAAGACGGGAUUAUCCUGAAAGGUUCAAGAAUUGUCAUCCCCAAAUGCCUGACAAAGGAAUACCUGAACAAGCUACAUGAGGGACAUCAAGGCAUCAUCAAAUGCCAACUGAGAGCAAAGAGCUGUAUCUUCUGGAAUGGCAUAAAUCAGGAGAUCGAGAUGAUGGUACGGAAAUGUUCUGUAUGUCAAGAAUAUGGGAACUCCCUGCCAUCAGAGACUCUGCAGCCACAUGAAAUUCCUGUCAGACCUUGGCAAUUUGUCACAACUGACCUCUUCACACUUGAUGGAAGAGAGUACCUUCUUGUUGCUGACGUAUACUCAAAGUAUCCAAUUGUAAAGCAGUUACCACAGCAAGCAACAAGUAGUGCUGUCAUCAGACUGCUUAAGGAAAUCUUCUCUGAACAAGGAACCCCCGAGAGACUAUUGAGCGACAAUGGACCUCAAUACAAUAGUGCCAUAUUCGUAGAGUUUGCCAGAGACUGGAAUUUCCAACAUGUAACCUCAAGCCCGAGAUAUCCACAAUCCAAUGGAUUUAUAGAGAGGCAAGUACAAACUGUCAAAAACACCAUGAAGAAAGCUAAGAGAGAUAACAUAGGCGUCAACAAGGCAUUGCAAUGCCUGAGAGCCACUCCAUUGGACAGCCAUCUACCAUCUCCAGCAGAGCUGUUACUGGGGAGGAAGAUCCAAACCAACAUACCGACCAGAAUUCGGAACCAGUCACCCCAAAAGGAUGACAUCUACCAGAGACUGCAGACCAGGCAGGAUGACCAGAAGAAAUACUUCGACGACAAGCACGCUACCAACCUUCCCCCACUACACAAAGGACAAGAAGUCAGAAUCCAAAAUCAAGAGACUGGUAGAUGGGACAGAGGAAAGAUCACAAACAGGAGACCAGAACCAAGGUCAUAUGAAGUAGAGACAUCAUCAGGUUACACUCUACGACGAAAUCGUAGGCACAUCAAACCAACCCAAGAGAGGGACAGCAUGGAACAAAACCGUCAACAUGCUAGUGAUAGACAUAAUGAUGUACAUGACCAGCAGAAUGCACAAACAGAACAAACACAAAGCAAACCAGACACACCAUCGAAUCACCACCAACCAUACACCACCAGAUCAGGUCGUACUAUUAAGAAACCAGAGAGAUACGAUAUGUAA